AUGCACUGCCACUCCAUGGAAAUGGAAAUGGAAAUGGCAAAUAGCUAUUGGGUAUCUCAAGUCCGUUUUUUCAUCGCCCUGUUGAGCCACCUAGCCCAGGGCUACGAUAAAAAAAUCUAUGAAAAAGUGGCAAAUGAGAAAUCUGUUGUACAUUGGGGGUUUGCCCCUCCGAUGUUCCACAAUGAGAUGAUGUCUUCCCAGAUACCAAGUACAGUGCUUGACCGUUCAGUUCGAAUCGAAUCAAAAUUCAAACGCCAUAUGCAUCUGUCUAGACAACAUUAUGGCGAUUUGGUAGUACCAGAAAAUGCCAUGUAUCUAGGCGCUGUACGAAAAGGGCAAUAUACCCCUCCUUCGUCAGGUCACUGUACGAAGCAAACCUUGAAAAUGUCCGAAAUGAAUACAACCCGUUCAAUAAUGGAGUUAAUCACAACGAUGAGCACUGACUCAAUGGCAACGUGA